AUGGGUACUGCGAACGACAAUCAGUUAAGACGUGUGGACGAUCCGCAGCAGCAGCAGCAACAGCGACACCACCAUCACCACCACAGGCGGUCGCAAAAUCAGCGCCAACAGCAACGGGCUGGUGAGGCCAAGAAUCCGCCAGCUGGCGAACAGGCAGUGUCGAAAAUCGGUGCCAUCGUAGGUAAAGGGCGCGCGAAGCCAACGAAAGGUGACGAACCCGACGAUUGGCAGUACCCAUUUCAGCAACAGCAGCAACAGCAACGGGAAGAACCCGUCUGGAGCGCUAAAGAACGAACAAACGAGCGGGAAUGGGGUGGUUUUAAGAAACCCGGCAUAAAGUAUCCCGAGUCGGACGACUGCGAUUCCCUGCCGCCACCUCCACCACCGGACGACGAUUCCUAUUUUGAUGAUGACGAUCGGCUUUCACACGGUCACCAUCACCACCAUCACCACCAUCACCAACUACACCAGCAGCAACAACAACAGCAGCAGCAGCAACAGCAGCAGCAGCAACAACAACAGCACCUGGCCCAUCUAGUGCAGGCGAAUCACAACGGGAUGCAUCUAGCGGCGCAGCAGCAGCUUUCAGCGGCACACCGUCACCAUUUUGCAACCGGGACGCCACCCCCAGCGCUCGAUUCCGAUCUGGACGCGAGCCUCAAGAAGGACCGAAAGCUGCGCUCCAACUCGGACAGCUCCAACGCCACCAGCGCCGGUGGAGGUGGUGGUGGAAAGCACAAGAACGGGGGGUUGGUUGGGGGCGGCAAGGCGGCGAAUGGAGGACACGGCCAUCAUCAUCACCACCACCAUCACCAUCAUCACAGCCGGUCGGCGAUGCACCCGAAGAGUAGCCGGGCAGAAUCGGUCCUGUCAAGCGAUUCGGACAUCCGGUUUACCCGCCGCAAGCUCGGUGACAAUCAGAAAUGUGGCUGUGCGCUCAUCGCCGGCUUUCUGCUAAUUCUGCUGUGCGCGGGUGCGAUCGUCUACGUUGGAUAUACCUAUCUACGGCCGGAGCCAUUACCCGACCGGAUAUUUCGUGCACGCUUGCGCGUGAUCGAGGGUGACCGGUGGACGCCGGAGCUGGCGGAUCAGAAUACGCUGCGGUUUCAGCAUCGCGCACGGGACUACCGGGAGCGCAUCAAUCUCAUCAUGCGGCGUUCGGAUCUGCGCGAACCAUUCGAGGGCAGUGAAAUUCUCGCACUGGACGGGAACGAGGAGCCGGGCGACCUGACGCUUCAUUUUGCGCUCUACUUCGAUCCGUACGCUGAGCUGGUAUCGGUGGCAGAUUUGCGCUCCAUCCUGCUGGAGGAGAUUACCGGCCAGGAGCGGAAGUACUUUCGCAACCUGACGAUCGACCCCAACAGUCUGGUCAUCAAGGAGGUAUCGGGUACGGGGGAUGAUAUCGUCGGUACGUCCUCCUCGCCGCUCGGUGGCAAGGAUGAGGUAACGGUGGAGAUCGUGACGACCGCCCGCCCACCACGGAAGUGUGAGCCGCUCCGGCUCGGCUACUGCCGCUCAGUCGGAUACAAUGUGACGACCUAUCCGAACUUUUUCGGCCACGGCUCACUCGAGGAGGUCGAAGCGGAUCUGAUCUCGUUCCGGGAGCUCGUCGAUGCGGAAUGCUUCCGUCAGGCGUUCGACUUUAUCUGCCGACUGUUGCAGCCACCCUGCGAGUACCGCACCAUCGAGGAACCGACACCCGGUACGGUCUGUCGGCAGUACUGUCAGGCAUUUUGGGCCGGUUGUGGAGAACGAUUGCCGGAACGGCUGCGCCGCUAUCUCGACUGCGAGCGCUUCCCCGAAUCAACCGGUGUGCAGUCGUGUCACAGCAAACCAGGCUGCACCGGGGAACUGCAGGCCAAUGCGCUGUCGUCGCGACUUUGUGACGGUGUAGCCGACUGUGCUGAUCUAUCCGAUGAGAAUACCUGUACGUUCUGCGCCUACGGGGCGAUUUCGUGCGGAAGAAGCCGAGCGUGUUACGCAAGGAACGCACGGUGUGACGGGAAGCUUGACUGCCCCGAUGGUAGCGAUGAGAAGGAUUGCCUUUCCAUUUCACCCCAAGUAAGCUUCCUCACAUUUCCACCUCCAAUUGUACCGUUCCGGCCACGGUUCUACUCGGAAGGAUAUGCCGUGUUUUCGGAGAAGGGCACCACCGGUAAGCUGUGCUCGGUUGGCAUGGAAGGGAACGAGUACGUGCGCAAUACCGUUGCCGAGUCCCUAUGCAAGGCGCUCGGAUAUGAGCGUGUCGAUUAUUCGGAGAUCCGCAACGACACGGAGCCGAACACGAGCUACGUGCGAGUGCUGGAUCCCCGUGCAUCCGAGAUCUCGUUCGUACGCACACAGUGCCAGAGUAAACAGUCACUGUACGUUGCCUGCAGUCAUCUGGAGUGCGGCGUACAGUCUACACUGCCCGCGACGCAAAGCAUCGGGCUGUCUAAGAUGGCGACACCGGGUGAUUGGCCGUGGCACGUUGCGCUUCUGAGAGCAGAUACGCAUGUCUGCGAUGGCACGUUGGUCUCCAAGGAUUGGGUGCUCACGACCGAGUCAUGCUUUCAAGGACAGGCAAAAGCAACAUGGAUGGCAGUGUUUGGAGCCGUGCGGCUCUCUUCAAAUGCGCCUUGGACGCAACGGCGUCGCAUAAUCGGUAUGGUGAAAUCACCCGUAGAGGGCAGCACAGCAGCAAUGGUACGUCUGGAAACACCGGUCAUCUAUUCGGAUUUUGUUCGACCCAUCUGUCUGCCGGAUAUACCGCUGAAGGAAACCAUCGACCGCAGUGACAACAACGUGACACCGACCCCACACGCGGAAAAGUACUCCACCAGCAAGGGUGGCAAGGUGAGCGGCCGUAAGUUGAAGGAAUAUCGCCAGUACUUCGAAAUGCCUGGCGAUGAUGAGCUAGCGGCCGAUGAGUAUGGCGAUCUGAACGAGGCGGCCAAAUACGUUAACCAGUACAGUGCCGACUUUACCGAUGAGCAGUAUCACAUUCCAAAGGCGGAAGCAGCGGUCGGUGUGACACACGGUCGUACGACGGUUUCCUCCGUCCCUGGUAGCGUUCCUGGCGGGCCGUCAGCCUACCCGCUGCCCGCCAACUCGCCCCAAACCAACAACUACAUCUCCGCGCUCAACUACAUCAGCUCGGGCGGUGUAGCGAACGUCGGUGCCGGUGGUGUCGGCUUCCAGCAACCGACAAAGCUCGGCAAACAGAGUCAGUGGACGAACUGCAAUACGCUCGGUUGGUCACGCCAGCGCGAUCAUCUGCAGCGGGUACAGCUGAAGCUGAUCGACAUGUCGCCAUGUGAAAAUAUCUCGAUCGCCACGGUAAACAGCAUGUGUGCGGAGUCGGCAUACCACAAGCAAGACUGCAGCGAGGAAGAGUUUGCCGGCAGCCCGGUCAUCUGUUUGCUGCCGAGCGACCGACGAUGGGCGCUGGUCGGUAUAAGCUCGUGGCGUAUUGCCUGUGCACCAAAUGGUAUCGAGCGACCACGAAUGUACGACAAAGUCAUACCGAAUACGCCUUGGAUCCGGGACACUAUUUCCGCAACGGUGACGUGA